GUGACUUUGUUUACUACGGAAACGCGCGAGCUAAAGCAACCGCUAGCAAGCAGCGAGCUCGUCGUGACGAACAAAACUCAAAAAUCCGUCAAAUUCUUUUGACUUGAGUGUGUUUUUGUGUGUUUUAGUUUAUUCGAACAUGCAUGACAGCGGGUAACAAUGUGGCUCAGCGACGCAGCGCCAACGUCUUAAAUGUGCCAAAUAGUGUCGCUAUGAGGUCGCUAAAUUACGUGCAACGUGUUAGUUUGGACUUCACGGGAACGCUCUUUCCUCACGCUAUUUGUUUAGGAGAUGCUGACAACGACACACUAAACGAGCUGGUGGUGGGCGACACCAGCGGGAAGCUGCACGUCUACAAAAACGACGACUCCAAAGCGUGGCUCACGAGGAGCUGCAUGGGCAUGCUGACGUGCGUCGCAGUCGGAGACGUGUGCAACAAAGGGAAGAACUUUGUGGUAGCUGUGGGUGCCGAGGGCUGGUUUCACCUCUUCGACCUGACCGGCGCCCCCGCCGGAAAAUCGGAUUCGUCGAGCCUGCAUGACGCUCUCUCCCUGGAGGAGCAGAAGCCCUUCUUCACGCAGCACAUCCCGGCCAACACCAAAGUCAUCCUCAUCAGCGACAUCGACGGGGACGGACGCAGCGAGCUGGUGGUGGGCUACACCGACCGAGUGGUGCGGGCUUUCCGAUGGGAGGAGCCCUCGGAGGGUUCUGAUGUGGGGUCCGGUCAGCUGGUCCUGCUGAAGAAAUGGCUCCUGGAGGGACAGGUGGAUAGCCUCUCCGUGAACCCGGGUCCCGAGGGCCUGCCGGAGCUAAUGGUCUCCCAGCCGGGCUGCGGCUACGCCAUCCUGCAGUGCUCCUGGACGCAGCAAGACUCCCCCCAUAGCGGCGGUGGCGACGCCGAGGACGGGUCCGCCACGCCCGGGAGCGAGGGGCCUCCCAGAGAUGUAGUUCUCCAUCCGACCACCGGGCGGAUCCACAACAAGAAUGUGUCAACGCACCUCAUUGGAAGCAUCAGCAAAGGAUCAAAGGAGGAAUCUUCCAAAUGUGGCCUCUUUGCUCUCUGCACGCUGGAUGGAACCUUGAAGCUGAUGGACAGUUCCGAGCAGCUGCUGUGGUCGGUGCAGGUGGAUCAUCAACUCUUCGCCCUGCAGAAGCUGGACGUCACGAGGGAUGGCCGGGAGGAGGUGGUGGCGUGCGCCUGGGACGGCCAGACCUACAUCAUCGACCAUAACCGCGCCGUGGUGCGCUUCCAGUUUGACGAGAACGUCAACGCCUUCUGUGCGGGUCAGUACACGUGCAAGGAGGGCAAGAACAGCCCGUGUUUGGUGUACGUCAGCUUCAACCACAAGAUCUACAUCUACUGGAAGGUGCAGCUGGAGCGCAUGGAGUCCACCAACCUGCUGCGCGUGCUGGACCAGAGGUCGGAGUUCAGAGGUCAGCUGGAGACGCUGGGAAUGGGUCGUCGUCCCGACCAAGUCUUGGAACACGACAAACUUAUUUUACCACCUGAGCCGCUCUCACCCGCUGGAGUACAGCAGCAAACAGCCACAAGGAUCUACAUCAGCCGGUGCAAGUGGAACAGCACCGAAGCGGCAACAACAGACCACCAUCGAGAGGUGGCGCUGACCCGGCGGCCGUCCGAGCUCUGCUGGCUGACGUUCUCUACGAGGACGCCGUGGAUUCUUGAGCGCGUGGCGCCAAUCAACGCUGACGAGCUGCUGAAAGGAGCUCUUCAAUCACGCUGCCGGCCCUCCUCCUCCGUUUAUUUUGGAUGUCAGUCAAAACACAUUUCAUAACACCGCGCUCCCAAUGACUGCUCACAUGUAAGCCAUUAAUAUUUGUCUUAUUCGAAUAUACUCAUAUUCUGACCCUGCUAUAAAUAUCACGUAUCCAAUAUUAAAGUUAACUUUCAGCAAAGACAGCGCCCCUGUACCUAAUGAAGUGAAGUGGCGUGGUUUUUCUCCCUAAAUCAGGGGUCGGCAACCCAAAAUGUUGAAAGAGCCAUAGUGGACCAAAAAUAUAAAAACAAACAUGUCUGGAUCCGCAAAAUAUUAAAAGCCAUAUCACAUACAGAUAGUGUGUCAUGAGAUAUAGAUUUAAUUAUGAGGACUUAAAGCAGGGGUGUCAAACUCAAAUACAGAGUGGGCCAAAAUUUUAAACGGAACAAAGCCGUGGGGCAAGGUUGAACAAAUUAACCUUUUAAUAGGGACCCAAACCAGUUUUGCAUUAAAUAUUGAACAAGCAAGGCUUAUAUAACUUUAGUGACAUGCAAAAUCCAGUUUCAAAUAAUAAUAAUUAAAAAAAUAUCAAUGGCGUAUCAAAUAAAAUUUAAAUAAAAAGUCUAUGCCUUUUUUUCUAUUUGCAAUCUUCUGAAGUAAAUAUCAACUUUUUUCCACAGGCUAAUAAUACAUUUGAAGAUAAAAUAAUAAUGAAUGAACCAAACAUUCAAGCCUUGAAGUAGCAAAAGAAAAUGCUUGAAUAAAACGUUAAUUAUUGGUCGGUUUGCUGGAAGUUUCCCGGAAGAGUUAGUGCUGCAAGGGGUUCUGGGUAUUUAUUCUGUUGUGUUACGGUGCGGAUGUUCACCCGAAAUGUGUUUGUCAUUCUUGUUUGGUGCGGGUUCACAGGGUGGCGCAUAUUUGUAACAGUGCUAAAGUUGUUUAUACGGCCACCCUCAGUGUGACCUGUAUGGCUGUUGACCAAGUAUGCUUUGCAUUCACUUGGGCGUGUGUGUGUGUGUGUGUGUGUGUGUGUGUAAAAGCCACAAAUAUUAUGUGACACACUGUUAGUAUGGAGGAAAAGCGGACGUGACGACAGGUUGUAGGGAACGCUAAAGGCAGUGUCUUAAAUGCACGCCCCCAAUAUAGUUGUCCAGGUAGAAAUUCGGGAGAAUGGCUGCCCUGGGAGAUUUUCGGGAGGGGCACUGAACUUCGGGAUUCUAUCGGGAAAAUUAGGAGGGUUGGCAAGUAUGAGUAUUAGCGGUGAAUGCGGUGUCACAGCGGCACCGACGCUGUAUAACACCGGCGGGCCAGCUCUAAUGCUAAAUUGAUAUUGCCUCGAGGGCCAAAUUAAAUUACACGGCGGGCCAGAUUUGGCAAGAAGGCCAGAGUUUGACACCCAUGACUUAAAGGAAACUAAAUGAGCUCAAAUAUAGCUGCAAAUGAGGCAUAAUGAUGCAACAUGUACAUACAGCUAGCCUAAAUAGCAUGUUAGCAUCAAUCAAUGUUUAUUUAUAUAGCCCUAAAUCACAAGUGCCUCAAAGGGCUGCACAAACCACAACGACAUCAUCGGUAAGGCCCACAUAAGGGCAAGGAAAAACUCACCCUAGUGGGACGUCGACCAUGAUGACUGAGAAACCUUGGAGAGGACCGCAUAUGUGGGCAACCUCCACCCCCCCAGGGGACCGAAAGCAAUGGAUGUCGAGCGGAUCUAACAUGAUAUUGUGAAAGUCCAAUCUAUAGUGGAUCUAACGUAACCGUGAAAAUCAGGUCCAAAGUGGAUCCAAUAUAGUAGCGAGAGUUCCAUCCAAAGUGGAGCCAGCAGGGAACCAUCCCAAGCGGAGGCGGAUCAGCAGCGCAGAGAUGUCCCCAACCGAGCGGUUCAUCUUGGGUCCCGACUCUGGACGAACGGUCCAUCCUGGGUCCUGAUUUUGGGCAGCCAGUACUUCAUCCAUGGCCACCGGACCGGACCCCCUCUACAAGGAAGGGGGGGACAUAGGAGAAAAAAGAAGAGAAACGGCAGAUCAACUGGUCUAAAAAAGGGGGUUUAUUUAAAGGCUCGAGUAUACAAAUAAGUUUUAAGAUGAGACUUAAGCAUCUCGAACUGUAACCGGGAGGGCAUCCCAGAGUACUGGAGCCCGAACGGAAAACGCUCUAUAGCCCGCAGACUUUUGUUGGGCUCUGGGAAUCACUAAUAAGCCGGAGUCCAUAUGGUACAAUACAAUCGGCAAGAUAGGCUGGAGCUAGACCGUGUAGUAUUUUAUACGUAAGUAGUAAAACCUUAAAGUCACAUCUUAAGUGCACAGGAAGCCAGUGCAGGUGAGCCAGUACAGGCGUAAUGUGAUCAAACUUUCUUGUCCUUGUCAAAAGUCUAGCAGCCGCAUUUUGUACCAACUGUAAUCUUUUAAUGCUAGACAUCUCCCGUCCAAAGGCAAAACCCAGUAACUCGAUUUUGGUCAAAACUGAGCUGAUAAUAAUUAUGGAGUUCCUAGGUGAUAUGCUUUACAUUAGUGUAUGCGAUAUUGUAAUUUGUUCCGUAAGUAAGCUGUUACACGCAUGGCAGGACCUAGCAACUACCAAAUAACCGCGUAGAUACAACAGAAAAACUUAGUAUCUCAAGGGACCAAUCGGAGCUUCUUUGUCAGUCGCCUUAUUGUCUUUAAUGAGACAUUUGCACGAAUGGGUGCCGACGGUCAACCUGAUUAUGUGAUAUUAUGGCACGAGGGGAUAUUUGGAAGAUUGGCCCCAGGACGUUGCAAGCACCUUCAUUAAAUGUAUUGUUCUUGAUUCUUCCCCUUGCAUACUCUUUUGGGCAGAUAACUGUGGAGGUCAAAAUAAAAACUGGACUCUGUACACGGCUCUUGCCCAAUGUGCAAACGCAGAAUGGGGCCAACCCGAGAUUGGGAUAAAAUAUCUGGAGAAAGGGCACACGUCCAUGGCUCAAUCGGCAAGAAAAUGAAAGCUCAAGAAAACAUCUAUACGUUUGAUGACUUUGUAGAUCUUUGUAAGACAGCGACAAGAUAGAUUGGUUUUCCUUUGUUUUCUCAAAAUCAGCUAGAAAUUAUUUACUAGGUUUUGCCUUUGGACGGGAGACCCGAAAAUAAUACGUUACAGUAAUCGAGGCGAGACGUAACAAACGCAUGAAUAAUGAUAUCAGCGUCUUUAGUGGACAGAAGGGAGCGAAUUUUAGUGAUAUUACAGAGAUGAAAGAAGGCUGUUUUAGUAACGCUUUUAAUGUGCGACUCAAAGGAGAGAGUUAGGUCGAAGAUAAUACCCAGAUUCUUUACCGAGUCGCCUUGUUUGAUUGUUUGGUUGUCAAAUGUUAAAGUUGUAUUAUUAAAUAGAGGUCGGUGUCUAGCAGGACCGAUAAUCAGCAUUUACAGUUUUUUGGCGUUGAGUUGCAAAAAGUUAACGGACAUCCAUUGUUUAAUUUCAUUAAGACACGCCUCCAGCUGACUACAAUCCGGCGUGUUGGUCAGCUUUAGGGGCAUGUAGAGUUGGGUGUCAUCAGCAUAACAGUGAAAGCUAACACCGUAUUUGCAUAUGAUGUCACCUAGCGGCAGCAUGUAGAUGCUGAAGAGUGCAGGGCCAAGGACCGAACCCUGGGGAACUCCACACGUUACCUUAACGUAGUCCGAGGUCACAUUGUUACGGGAGACGCACUGCAUCCUGUCAGUAAGAUAAGAGUUAAACCAAGACAGGGCUAAGUCUGACAUACCAAUUCGUGUUUUGAUACGCUCUAAUAAAAUAUUAUGAUCGACGGUACCGAAAGCAGCGCUAAGAUCGAGGAGCAGCAACAUAGAUGACGCAUCAGAAUCCAUCGUUAGCAAUAGAUCAUUAGUCAAUUUUGCGAGGGCUGUCUCAGUAGAGUGAUUUGCCCUGAAACCGGAUUGAAAGGUUUCACAUAGAUUGUUAAACGCUAAGUGUUCAUUUAGCUGCUCUGCAACAAUUUUUUCGAGGAUUUUCGAAAUAAAGGGAAGGUGAGACACCGGUCGGUAGUUUACCAUGAGGUCAGGAUCGAGGUUAGGUCUUUCAAGGAGAGGAUGAAUAACCGCUUUUUUGAAUGCUAGGGGAACAGUGCCAGGAGAAAGUGAUAAGUUUAUAAUAUUUAGCACUGAUGGACCUAAUAAUACAAAAAGCUCCUUGAUAAGUUUCCCAGGAAGUGGGUCAAGUAAACAUGUUGUUUGUUUUAUUCCAUUUACACGUUGUAACAAUUCUUCUAAUGUUAUUUCAUCAAAACGAGAGAAACUAUUUUGGAUAUUUGCAGUAUCCCUGCCCACUGGGUGUGAGUUUUCCUUGCCCUUUUGUGGGUUCUUCCGAGGAUUUGUGCAGUCCUUUGAGACAUUUGUGAUUUGGGGCUGUAUAAAUAAACAUUGAUUGAUUGAUUUUUGCGAGGGCUGUCGAUUAGCUUGCAGUCACGCAGUGACCAAAUAUGUCUGAUUAGCACUCCACACAAGUCAAUAACGUCAACAAAACUCACCUUGGUGCAUUCAUGCUCAACGUUAAAAGUUUGGUGGACAAAAUGAGACGGAAAAAGAAGUGGCAUAAAACACAUCUUAGAAAGUCGGAGAAAGUUAUACAUGUAAACGAACUACGGUGAGUUCAAGGAGCGCCAAAAUUAGUAGGACAAAACGGCGCUCACCAAAUACUCAAAUCAGUGAAGCAUGUUUAAUAUAAACAGUGUGCUUUAUAACAAUUAGGAUGGUUUGUGUUUGUCCUCCUCCAGAAACCACAUUUAAACAAAAAUAUGUUUUUUCCCCCCCCCAUCUUUUUCCAUUUUUAUAUAUUUUUGAAAAAGCUCCAGAGAGCCACUAGGGCAGCGCUAAAGAGCCGGGGGUUGCCGACCCCCGCCCUAAAUGAUCAUAAAAGAGCACAGAGGAGGCGGAACUUUCUGAUCCCAGUCUGGUUCUGACCCUCAUAUGACCCCGCCCCCUCCCUAUUUGGAGCAAAAUGGCAUCUGCUUGCUUGUUGGUUGCAAAAUAAAACACAAAUCAAAAACCAUGUCGGGACCUGUAACAGUCCAGCUCUAACGUAGCUUCGGCGUGUGGGUGUAAUGUCUAUGACAGGUCACACACACACUCGGUCAGAUGUGAGUGCAAUGAUCCGACCUGACAGGCCGGCCCACAUCCUGGAGGCCAUUUUUUAAUGCUAUGUGGGGGAAAAAAUCCUUGUCUGCUUGGUGGGCCACAGUUUGAUGUAAGGAGUCAAUACUCUUGCAUUAAAUGUAAGUCUGAUCAUGUAAAAAAAAGCCCAAAGCAGUAAAGUUGUAACGUUGUGUAAAUGGUAAAUAAAAAGAGAAUACAAUGA